GUGUCGUUGACAGCCUCUGGAACGCUCAGACCCCGAGAAAAGCCGCGAUAGGUGGAGUGGCGACUGCUUGUUGUAUCUGCAAGCAGCGUCCUGUUGCUCUUGGAUUAGUCUGGGCCGGGCCGGGCACACCUGCUGCUGCGAAGCCCGGUAGCCGGCGCUCUCCAGGCCGCGUCUCGGCAUCCACUGAAGCCACUUCUAACUUCUCGAGCGACUUUUGGCCGGCUCCAAGGAGGGACAUGAACAACGGGGUAGGGAGCGACUCCCAGCACUUGCCCCGGCUGUGCUGCCCGGAGAAGGGGCCGAACGGCUAUGGCUUCCACCUGCACGGGGAAAAGGGCAAGGUGGGCCAAUUCAUCCGUUUGGUAGAGCCGGAUUCCCCGGCGGAAAAGUCCGGGCUGCGGGCCGGCGACCGAUUGGUGGAGGUGAACGGCGAGAACGUGGAGAAGGAGAGCCACCAGCAAGUCGUGACUCGCAUCCGAAACUCGCCGGGCUUGGUGCGCUUGCUGGUGGUGGACGCCGCGACCGACGAGCGGCUGCAGAAGCUGGGCCUGGAGUGCAGCGAAGAGCUGGUCCACGCGCUGCCCGCCGAGAAGGCGGAGGGGCAGAGUGGCGACCAGCAGCCGCGGGAGGCUGCCUCACCGCAGGAACCGGAGCGAAGGGACGACAAGGAACAAGACCACGUUGUCCAGCGGGAUGAAUGGCGACCUCGGCUCUGCCAGAUGAAGAAGGGCCCCAACGGGUAUGGGUUCAACCUCCAUAGUGACAAGACCAAGCCAGGCCAGUAUGUCCGGGCUGUAGAUCCAGACUCACCAGCUGAAUCUUCAGGACUGCGCCCACAAGACCGUAUUAUUGAGGUGAAUGGGGCGUCCAUGGAAGGCAAACAGCACUCUGAUGUAGUUGAAGCCAUAAGAGCCGGCGGAGACGAGACAAAGCUGUUGGUGGUGGAUAGCUUAGCAGAUGAAUUUUUUAAGAAGUGCAAAGUCCUUCCCUCAGAGGAGCAUCUGACAGGGCCCUUGCCAGAACCAGUUGCCAAUGGUGAUGUAGAAAAGGAGAACAGCAAAGAUGAGCAGCCAGAGCCUGUCUGUGAAAGUCCUCCUAGUCCUGACCACUUGCCUGCUUCCCCCACUGUGAAUGAAACUCACUAUGAGGUCAACUCUCAGGAGAAGGUAGAGAACCGCAGCUCUGUAUCUGACCCUGUACUUGAUUUGGACAUCCCCCUGGCAGUGGCCAAGGAGCGGGCCCACCAGAAGCGCACCAGCAAAAGGGCACCUCAGAUGGACUGGAGCAAGAAGAAUGAACUUUUCAGCAACCUUUGAAGUGUUUCAUCCCCAAGCCAGGAGGAGAAGUGGGGGCAGUACCAUAAAAUCUGGCCUGAUCUUCCUUGACUUUCGUUACCAGCCUCCAGUUUCUUGGGGAGAGCUUCUUCCCACUCCUUCCCUACCCUUUCCCCUCUCUUAGCCCGGGGAAGCACAAUCUUUUCUAUCUUGUGUAAUCUGACAAAAAACAAAUGGUAUGAUGACUGCUCCUGUACAGUUCUAGGGAAGUAAAUGCAUUUUUAAAAAAUGAUGAGAUUUUUAUACACUGUCUAUAAAUACUUCAGUGGGUUUCAUAUGAGUGUGUGGCAAGGGGUUGGUUCAUCUAAGAAUCAGAAACUAGUAUGGGGCCCAUGCAGAGUGCUGUCCACAUCACUGCAUUGAGGAGGAACAUGCUGAUAUUCUUUUCCCCCAAAUGCAGCAAUAAUAUUCUUAGUGGAAACUUGUGUUCAGGACAAGGUUUGAAGGUACCAAGCUUAAGACCCCUAAUGUGGUAUUAAUGCGCUUAGUACGUUUUAAAGAGCAACAGUGUCAAAAAGAUCUAAACCUGGACACCUAAAAUAAUCUUAAAUUGUUGCUCUUAGCUGACUUGUGUCAGAAAAAUCUGAUUGGAUCCUGAUAGGAAUACAUGUGAUUGUUUGGGGGACUAUAGCAUUAGGAUGAUAUGGAGGAUUUAAAAAACAAUGUUUCCUUGAUCUCCUUUUUGGAAGGCAAUAAACUUCCGUUUCCACAAGGUUGCAUUUUCCUCUGACUAGAAAUUCCAUCCCUAACACUCCAGUCUUUUUAUCACUUUUCUGAAUAAUCGUUCAUUAGAAAAGAUUGGAAGCAAUAGUAAGGCUGUCAUUCAUGGGACAACAAGACUUUUGUUGUGUUGCCUCACCUAGGCUUCAAAUAGUUCGAUCACACUCAAAUUCUGAGGUGAGAAGGAAACUUCAGAAAUGGUCUUGGCUAUAGGUAGGUGGGCGUUUGUUCUUGUUCAGGCCUAACAUAGCUACUGAAAAGAUCCAAGUGUGUUACCACAGAGCUUGAGCUCAUCAGGGUUUUCAGUAAUAAUGCUUAAUUAACAGUUUAUAUAAAAACUGUUUCACUUUCUGAAAUGUGAUAUUUUCUAAUUGCAUUCCUGCUCCCC